CAAGCACACACAGUCCAUCCUGCUGGUGUGGAACAAGAAUCGGGGAACAAAGCAUGGCCUAAAUAUAAAUUCUCGGAGGUCCGUGCAGAUUUCUUGGAUUGGCGAUGGACCCCUCUCCCUGGCGCGCAGAGCGCGCCAGGAGCGGCGCCGGAGGCGCCCCCAGGGGGAUCCAGCGCCGAUCCAAGAAAUCCGCGCGGAGCGCCAACGGUUUCUGCUUUUUUUAUGGUUUGUUUCCCGAGAAGAACGUGUUCACUGGCCACUUGGAUCCAACACUCAAGGGAGCCAUCACCUCGGAAUUCUGGCCGUCCUUCGAGCCCCUCCUGAGACCUCUGGCCAGGCUGAUCAAGGGCGCCUACGGCAUGCGGCAGCCCAUGGUGUGGAAGGCCAUGCUGGCGCGGCUUCCAGCAGGCAAGAGCAUAACGGAGCAUUCGGACGCGAGUCCAGUCUUGAAUUUUCCGCACCGUAUCCAUUGGGUCCUCCACACGAACCGCGACGUCGAGACCAAUUGCGCAGUUGAAGACGGGGACGUGCCGACGCCCAUUCCGGACAUCGGCGAGGGUGACGUGUUCGAGUUGAACAACGUGCACAGGCACAGCGUGCACAACAGGGGGAGCGAGGGGAGAGUUCAUCUCAUCGUGGACGUAUACCCGCACUCUCUCAAGGACGCGGGGGUGGAAUCUUCCGCUGACGGCAUAGAUUUGCUCAGUGAUUCUCCACGCACUGAGCUCUGACGAGCGUGGCCUUAACAUCGCUGGAGAUGGCGGCAUCGCUCUCCCAGAAGA